AUGAUCAACCUGAGUGAAACCCCAGGGAGCCAAGUGACUGAAUUCAUCCUCAUGGGCAUCACAAAUCGUUCUGAGCUCAAGGGCCCCCUCUUUGUUGUGUUUUUGCUCAACUACAUGGCCAUAGUUGUUGGGAACAUGGGCCUGAUCAUCAUAACCAGUGUUGAUUCCCACCUCAAAACCCCCAUGUACUUUUUCCUUAGGCAUCUGGCAUUUGUCGAUCUUGGAUAUUCCACAGCUAUUGGGCCAAAAAUGUUAGUUGGAUUCAUAGAGGAGUCAAAUGUCAUUUCUUAUAAUGGAUGUGCAAUACAGCUAGCUUUCUUUGUGAUAUUUAUUGCCAGUGAACUUUUUAUUCUCUCAGCCAUGGCCUAUGACCGCUAUGUUGCUAUCUGUAAGCCCUUCUAUUAUAUGAUCAUCAUGUCAGACAGGGUAUGUUGGCUCUUGGUGGCUAUGUCUUACCUCUAUAGCAUUAUGAUAUCCCUACUUGUCACAAUAAAACUUUUUAAAUCAUCUUUCUGUAGAUCAAAUGUAAUAAGGCACUUCUACUGUGAUGGCCUCCCCCUGUUGUCAAUCAUAUGCUCAGAGACAAGUGAGAUAGAACUAAUCAUUAUUAUCUUUUCUGCAUUUAAUUUUGUUUCUUCCCUCUUGAUUAUCCUUACCUCCUACAUAUUCAUUCUCGUGACCAUCCUCAGGAUGAACUCUUCUGAGGGUAGGCAGAAAGCCUUCUCUACUUUUGGUUCUCACCUCACUGGGGUGGUUAUAUUCUAUGGGACACUAUUCUUCAUGUACGUGCAGCCCCAGUCUAGUCAUUCCCCUGAUGCAGACAAAAUGGCCUCUGUCUUUUACACUCUGGUCAUCCCCAUGAUCAACCCUUUGAUCUACAGCUUGAGGAACAAAGAAGUGAAAGGUGCCUUGAAGAGGCUUUUCAAGAAAAUGAUGUAA